AAAGCAAAGGUCAAUUAGUCAUUCACCAACUAGCAUACACAUACACACUCAAACGCACAGACCAACCAUGAGUUCUCGGACUUUGAGAAGAUUGGAAAGACAAAGGCUAGAGGAAGCCAGUCUGAAAAGUGUAACUGAGAGUCCUGAACCUGCGCUGGACAAUGAAGACGAAGAAGAAGAACCUGUACCUGUGAAAAUAUCAAAAUUUAAUGCAUUUGCUUUGUUGAAUGAUGAUGAUGUUGAUGAGUCAGAGGAAGAGGAAGAGAAGCCAAUUGCAGAAAAAGUGCAAGAAGAAGAGGCUGUAAUCAUACAAAAACCACCCAAGAGCAAGAAAAAGAAAAAGAAGUCCAAGGCCAAGAAGAAGGAGGAAUCAGACGUCGAUAGUGAUGAAGAAUUAGACAGAAUUUUGGCCGAAGUAAGGAAAAAGGAUCAACAGAGUGGCAAAGUUUCACGAUCUUCCGAUGUUCCACUUGAAGAUAUGUAUGACUUUGAAGAAGAAUUUGAUGAAGUAAAUGUUCCUAGUGCAGUCUACGAUUCAAACUUUAAAUUCUUCACCACUAAAAGAUUAAAGCAAUCAUUACCUUUGCUAUCCAUAAAAUCUAUAUCCAACUUGGAUCAAGAUCAAGAGUAUAAAAACUUAUUUGGUAAUUUAUCCAUGGAUACCAUUGAAGAUGCCAACGCAACCACAUCAUUGGCAAUUUCCCCGGAAUUAUUACAGCAAUUUAAAAAAUUAGCUCGUCUUACACGAGGUUGGGGUGGCAAUGAUCGUCGAAGCAUCCCUGGAACCAGCAGGAAACUUCUCUUGUCGAGAAUAAGAGAUGAUUGGUUGCCUACUACAUUAAAGCCAAUGAAUAUGGAAGAGAUCAAACCCGAGGAAUACACCGCUUAUUUGGAAUACAAGGAAGAUUCUAUCGAAUUGGAAGAUUUAGAAGCUAAAAUUAGAAAGGAAAAGGAAUUAGGCGUGAAGUACUUUAAAUUUACAAAGGUUAAUAACAUAAAAGAACGAGUGGCCAAUACCAGAUUUUAUGCAUCUGUUGUCAUGACGCCGGAUCCCGAAUCAUUAAUGCAAUUAUUGCAACAAUAUCCAUACCAUGUAGAAACCUUGCUUCAAGUAUCCAUGGUUUUGUUGAGACAAGGAGAUAACAAAUCUGCCAGUAAUGCGUUGGUCGAGAGGGCUCUUUUCACAUUUGAUAGAUCUUUCCACAAGCAUUUCCAUGAAAUAUUAUCCCAGGGAAACACCGGGUUAAUCAGACUUCCAUAUGAAAGUUAUAUGAAUCGUCAGUUUUAUUUAUGUUUAUUCCGAUACAUUAUUGCAUUGGGUGAACGUUCUACUUUCUUUACGGCAUUUUCCUUCUGUAAAUUUUUGUUGUCACUCUCACCAGCCGAAGAUCCACUUGGGGUAAGAUACUUUUUGGACUUCUAUGCUAUAAUGAGUGAAGAGUACAAGUAUUUGAUCCAGUUUGCAGAAUCACCUUUGUGUACUACAUAUGUGAAGUGGUUUACUCCCGGUAUUGCCUUUUCUACUGUGUUGGCACACUUGAAAUUGGAUGACAGAGAAAAAGCUAAACUUGCAUUGAGAAAGGCGUAUGACUCACAUCCAUACGCUGCAUUUAGACUAUACCAAGAUGUGUGCUUAGCCCAUGAUCCUCAAAUAGAAAGCCAAUUCAAGAAUUUGCCUCAUGAAACCGUCCUUUCGUCAGAGACUUAUUUGAUUAGAGCAGGUGUGCUUUGGAAGGAGCACAGCGAUAGACAAUUCUUGCAUGAUGAAUUACAGGAAUUAUUUAAAACCAGAAAAUUCAAGACUGAAAGUAUUGGAAGUGGUAUUAAAUCUUCUUUGUAUGGGUUAUUCGGCAUUUCAAAUGAAAAACAAGAACAAGAGGAUAUUCCAUUUAAUUUAAUCAGAUUUGCCGUUCUUUCCGGCGAGAACAAGAUUAUGGCCAAGUUGCCUAAAGAGUUUUGGUUAAAAGAUGACACAUUUGAAUAUGAUAUCUUACCUCCCAAGGCUGAGUAUGUCCAUUAUAACGAAUUCUCAGGGAUCAUGCAAGACAAACCAAGAAUAACUGAUUGUUUAUUGGAUUAUGUUGAUCAGAAUCUUCUCGGUACGAUUAUUCAAACCAGAACUGCUGAUGACAAUGACUUCGAAGGUAUGUUGAGACAAUUGCAACAGCAGGACCUACAGGAGGAGCACAACGCGUAAGUAGAAGUACUUGUAUAGAUUUCGCAACCAACGUCGUAACACGUCGUUCAAGAAAACCGACGCUACCAGUUGCGCAACAAAUUUGUUGCGCCAAGGAAAAUUUCACAUGAUCCCCCUCGUUU